AUCUACGGGGAUUUGCCAAAAAAUAAAGAAAAUGUAAUAUAUUUAUCAAAUCAUCAGUGUACAGUUGAUUGGAUUAUUGCGGACAUGCUAGCAAUUAGGCAGAAUGCUCUCGGGCAUGUCCGGUAUGUCUUGAAAGAUGGAUUAAAAUGGCUUCCUCUGUAUGGGUGGUAUUUUUCACAGCAUGGAGGAGUCUAUGUAAAAAGAAGUGCCAAAUUCAAUGAAAAAGAAAUGAGAGAGAAGUUGCAGGCCCAGAUGAAAGCUGAGACUCCGAUGUAUUUAGUGAUUUUUCCAGAGGGGACUCGUUACAAUCCAGAAAUACCAAAAGUCAUUGCAGAUAGUCAAUCCUUUGCUGAAAAGGAAG